AUGGCCACGGUUUGUAACAUUAAGUUUAACGCGAACUCAAACGGUGUCUAUAUACCGGGUCAAACCGUGACUGGAAAAGUAGAACUACAUUUGACAGAAGCAACCGUUCUCAAAGGAUAUCACUUUUACAACUUUUCCUGCGUUCUGCCAUCAAAUCUUGCAACUUCCUUGGAAUCCGAACAGGGUUAUGUUCGCUACACGGCUAAAUUGGUUCUCGAACGCCACCUAAAACCGGAUCAAUCCUUUAAAAUAGGAUUUACCGUGCUUCGACACGUGAAUCUAAACCACGAGCUCCGGGAUGUUCGUCUUCCGGCUAGGACGGAAAAAACGAAAACCUACUGUUGUGGCCCGUGCCGAUCGAAACCGCUGUACGUUUCUGCCCAGCUACCUAUUUCCGGUUACGUUCCAGGCCAAACCAUUACGGUUAAAAUUACCGUGGAAAAUCAAACCAAAAAGCGUGUAAAUGAAGUCUCCGCCAAGCUGCUGCAAGUGAUUUCUUUCAUCAGUAAAACUCCUUACUGCGAAAUAAGCGAAAACUGUACAACCAUAGCCGAAGUCCGCUGCGCUGGAGUAGAAGCUCACGGUAAUCUAAGCAAGGAGCAGUAUCUACUAGUACCGAUUGUUCCUCCCACUAGCACAUCCUGUCCUGUUUUAACCGUCAACUAUUUCGUUGAGGUUGAAGGCAAAAUUGGUGGUCCAAACAGUAAUCCUAGGAUAAGAAUACCGAUUACCAUCGGGACAGUACCCCUGUCGGCCAGUGCUGUUCCAGCCUUUGACGAACCAGCAAUCGCCGUAGUGCAUCAACCUAAUGCCACUGUGAUUCCAUCACUGAAUGACUAUUAUACGUUGCCUCCUCCUUCCUAUGAAGAAGCUACCGGUGCCAUUCGAAACAACAUUCUUGAUGAAGAAGAAACCGAUGAAACGACUUCGGGUAACUACACCCCUCGAUACGUUUUCUAUCACUUUGGUGUUACGCAAAAAUCUAAUGAAAAUAUUUAA